AUGGCUGCCGACCGUCCGCUGGUGCUGGUGGACCUCCUCUUCCACAAGGACGAGAACGGGCCCGCGCACCACACCGCGGAGUAUCUGGAGAACGUCGUCGUGAGGCGCGGCCAGUCGUUCUCCGUGGGACUGCUGUUCGACAGGGACGUCGAUCUGGAGAAGGACAAGCUGCUGAUAGAGUUCCAGUAUGGCAACAACCCUCUGCCGAACAAAGGAACCAUGUUACGGCUGCCUGUUGGAGACGCCAAGAAAGGCCAGUGGAGUGCCACGGUCGAAAAGGCAGAAGGCCGGAACGUUAAGGUGAACAUCACGCCACUUGCUGAUGCCAUUGUCGGCAGGUAUCACGUGGUGGUUGAGGCGGAGUUGGCUGGAGAGAAGUCCCGCAGCUUGAGAGUCAACACUCGCAACGUCGUCGUCCUCUUCAACCCCUGGUGCAAAGAUGAUCUGACGUACCUGGAUGACAACGCCAAGCUUGAGGAGUAUGUUCUGAAUGAGUAUGGGUACCAGUACUUCGGUAGCCGGUACAGCAUUGGAAACCGUGGAUGGAACUUUGGACAGUUUGAACCCGGCAUCCCCGAGGUCGUUCUACUGCUGCUGGAGAAGUCAGGACUCUCUGCCAAUGCACGAAGGAGCGCGGUGAACGUCAGCAGGGCCAUGUCGAAAAUGGUCAAUAGUGCGGAUGAUAACGGCGUCCUGAUGGGCAACUGGUCCAACGACUAUUCCUUUGGGACCCCGCCCACUGCCUGGAACGGUAGCGUGGACAUCCUGCUGCAGUGGGGCACUGAGCGCCGGCCGGUGCGGUACGGGCAGUGCUGGGUCUUCUCCGGUGUCCUGACUACAGUGCUCCGCUGUUUGGGCAUCCCGGCCCGAAGCAUCACCAACUUCCAGUCGGCACACGACACUGACGUGUCCAUGACCAUCGACUACUACUUUGACAGGCGUGGCUAUCGUAUGGAGUCAGAAGACUCUGUGUGGAACUUCCACGUGUGGAACGAGGCGUGGAUGGCCCGGCCUGAACUACCCGAAGGUUUCGGGGGCUGGCAGGUGGUGGACGCUACCCCACAGGAAACAAGCGAAGGAAUUUUCCAGUGCGGCCCGUGCCCUGUGGUAGCCGUGAAGAACGGGACGGUGUACCUGCCGUAUGACACCAUGUUCGUAUUUGCCGAAGUGAACGCGGACAAGGUGUAUUGGCAGAACGACUACGGUUACUUUGAGUUCCUCCGACAUGAAAAGAACUCUGUGGGAUUCCACAUGAGCACCAAGGCAGUUGGCACCUACGGGAGGGAAGACGUCACGGAGAACUACAAACACGCAGAAGGUUCUGACCAGGAGCGAGUGGCAGUCCGCAAGGCUGUGGGAUACGGCACUACACCGUGGACAUAUGAAGACAUCAUCAAAAAUGAAGAUGUGGAGUUUUCUAUCACUGCCAAUGAAGAGGCCUACGUUGGUCAGGACAUCGAAGUGACCCUGACCAUAAAGAACACCAGUGCGGAAUCUCGCCACAUCACAGCCCACCUGACGGUCAAUGCCACGUACUACACCGGCGUGCUGGGUGCACAACUGGGAGAGCUGGAGGAGGACGUGACCAUUCCACCAGGGGGAGUGGACACUGUCAAAAUGAGGAUGACCUCGAAGGAGUACCUGGACAAGCUGGUUGAGCAGUCCAUGAUCACGGUGUUCGUGCUGGCUCACGUGGACACCACCAAGCAGGUGUGGGCCGGGCAAGACGACUUCCGGCUCCUCAGCCACGAUCUCGUUAUCAAGGGACCAUCGGAGAUGGCUGUCGGUAAUCAGUACUGGGUGACAGUGGAGUUCAAAAACCCGCUGGACGUGUCCUUGACACAAGCGGUGUUCCGUAUCGAGGGUCCCGGACUGCAGAGGCCCAAGACCAUUCCUUACGGAACCAUCAUGCCCGGGGAAACAGCCCGUAUCGCAGAAGGUAUGACCCCCAUAAAGGCCGGAAAGAAGACCAUCGUGGCCUCCCUGACGUCUGUCCAGUUGCAGCAGGUCACCGGAGAGAGGGAAGUCACGGUCAAGCAGUUCUAG